AUGACUCUGCCCCACAGCCCUGGAAAUGUGGGGGAGUCUCGGCCCCCCCAGGCCAUGGAGGUCCACAGGCUGGAGCACCGGCAGGAGGAGGAGCAGAAGGAGGCGCGGCAGCACAGCCUGCGCAUGGGGUCCUCGGUGCGGAGGCGGACCUUCCGCAGCAGUGAGGAAGAGUAUGAGUUCAGUGCCGCAGACUACGCCCUUGCAGCCGCCCUGGCUCUGACGGCCUCCGCAGAGAUGUCCUGGUACAAAAAUGAUGUGCGAAUUGAUCCCCGCUUCAGUCCUGCUGGAAAGUACCGAAUCACCAACAACUAUGGGCUGCUGACCCUGGAGAUUAGGAGAUGCACCGUCGAGGAUUCAGCCACCUACACCGUGAAGGUGAAGAAUGCCUAUGGCCAGGCCUCCUCCUAUGCCAAAGUCAUUGUCCGCACUUACCUGGGGAAAGAGGCUGGCUUUGAUUCCGAGAUCUUUAAAAGAUCGAUGUUUGGCCCCAGAGUGGAAUUCACAUCAGUGCUGAAGCCAGUCUUUGCCCGUGAGAAGGAGCCCUUCUCUCUGUCCUGCUUCUUUUCGGAAGAUGUUUUAGACUCCGACCAGAACAUCCAGUGGUUCCGAGAUGGGAGGCAACUGAGGUCCUCGGCCCGCCGCCAGACCCUGUACGCAGACCGUCAGGCAACCCUGAAGGUGUCCUUUGCCUACAAGGAGGAUGAGGGGUUCUACACGAUCCGGGUGUCCUCGCCCCUUGGGCCCCAGCAGCAGAGCACCUAUGUGUUUGUGAGAGAUGCUGCAGCGGAGAAGCCCGGAGCCCCAGGCUCCCCACUGAAUGUCCGAUGCCUGGAUGUGAACAGAGAUUGCCUCAUCCUGACCUGGGUCCCACCCAGUGACAGCCGGGGCAACCCCAUCACCUCAUAUUCCAUCGAACUGUGCCAGGGUGACUCCGGGGAAUGGGUGCCCUGCCACGAGGCCCCUGGGGGGACCUGUCGGUGCCCAAUCCAAGGCCUCAUCGAAGGCCAGAGCUAUCGGUUCCGGGUGAGAGCUGUCAGCAGGGCAGGCAGCAGCAUCCCCUCCAAGGCCUCAAAAGCUGUUGUCAUGGGUGAUCGUGAUGCAGCCCGGAGGCAGACAGAGAUCCCCUUUGAUCUGGGAAGCAAGAUCACAGUCAGCACAGAUGACUUUGAAGAUGCUGUGACCAUCCCCUCGCCCCCGACCAAUGUCCAUGCCAGUGAGAUCCGAGAGGCCUACGUGGUUCUGAGCUGGGAGGAGCCAAGGCCCAGGGGCAAAGCUCCACUGACAUACUCUGUGGAGAAGUCAGUCAUAGGUAGUGGCACCUGGGAGGCCAUCAGCUCAGAAACCCCUGUGAAAUCCCCAAGAUUCGCCCUUCUGGACCUGGAGAAGGGGAAGUCAUAUGUCUUCAGAGUGCGAGCGAUGAACCAGUAUGGCACGAGCGAUCCCUCAGAGCCCAGCGAGCCCAUCACCUUGAGAGGCAAGCCAGCUACUCUCCCUCCUCCAACGCAAGUUCAAGCUUUCCGAGACACGCAGACCUCUGUCUGCCUGACCUGGGACCCUGUGGAAGGCGGCCCAGAGCUCCUGGGUUAUUACAUCUACUCCCGGGAGGUGGGAUCGUCCGAGUGGCAAACAGUUAACAACAAGCCCAUCCAGGACAACAGGUUUACGGUUCCCGGGCUGAGGACAGGGAAGGAUUACGAGUUUUGCGUCAGGUCAGUCAGCGAAGCCGGGGUAGGUGAGAGCUCAGCCGCCACAGAACCCAUCAGGGUCAAGCAGGCUCUGGCUACCCCAUCUGCCCCGUAUGGUUUUGUCCUCCUGAACUGUGGGAAAAAUGAAAUGGUCAUUGGAUGGAAACCCCCCAAGCGUCGUGGAGGUGGCAAGAUCCUGGGCUACUUCCUGGAUCAGCAUGACUCAGAGGAGCUGGACUGGCACCCGGUCAACCAGCAGCCCAUCCCAGCCCGGGUCUGCAAGGUCAGCGACCUUCAUGAAGGCCACUUCUAUGAGUUCCGUGCCCGGGCAGCCAACUGGGCAGGUGUUGGCGAGCUGUCGGAGCCCAGCAGCCUGUUUGAGUGCAAAGAGUGGACGAUGCCCCAGCCAGGCCCCCCGUACGACGUGCGGGUGUCUGAGGUGCGGGCCACCUCCCUGAUGCUGCAGUGGGAGCCCCCGCUGUACACCGGGGCCGGGCCGGUCACGGGCUACUGCAUCAGUUUCCAGGAGGAAGGCUCCAACCAGUGGAAGCCAGUCACUGCAGACCCCAUCUCUGGCACCCACCUGAGGGUGUCCAACUUGCAGCCUGGAAAGAGUUACGUGUUCCAGGUACAGGCCAUGAAUUCAGCUGGUCUGGGACAGCCGUCCAUGCCUACUGACCCAGUGCUCCUGGAGGACAAGCCAGAUGCCCGGGAGAUCGAGGUUGGUGUGGAUGAAGAGGGCUUUAUCUACUUGGCUUUUGAGGCCCCUGAGGCCCCCGACUCCUCAGAGUUUCAGUGGUCCAAAGACUACAAGGGUCCGCCAGACUCCCAGAGGGUCCAGAUCGAGGAUGGACUUAACAAGUCCAAGGUCAUCCUGAAAGAUCCCGGCCUUGAGGAUCUGGGCACCUACUCAGUGGUAGUCACCGAUGCUGAUGAGGACAUCUCAGCAAGCCACACGCUGACUGAGGAAG